AUGAAUCUUGAAUUUGUAGCUCCUUCUGUGAUUAAUGGUGAAAUCAUAGUUGAAAUUGAACAAUCAGAUAUUGAAUCGGAGGUCCUCUAUUGGGAUUCUGCUCUGAUUAUGUAUGUGCUAGGUGGCGAUUUGAGUAUGAACAUGGUAAAACAGUUCAUGAUUCGCCAAUGGAACACGGUGCAACUCCCAGAUCUGCUCUAUCACGACGACAGAUACUUCAUUAUGCGUUUCAAAUCGAUGAAGGAAAAGGAGGAAAUCCUUAUGAACGGGCCGUAUACUAUCAAGAAUAUACCGAUGUUGCUACGGGAUUGGAAACCAGAUUUCUGUAUGAAAAAGGAUAUGCUGCGCACAAUACCGAUCUGGGUGAAGUUACCACAAUUGCCUCUGGAGAUGUGGGGAGCAAAAAGUUUGAACAAGAUCGGUAGUGCUAUAGGAUCACCAGUGGUAACCGACGAAUGUACCGCUCAGAAAUUGAGGGCUUCCUAUGCUAGAAUUCUCGUGGAAAUAGAUGCUACACAACAAAUGCCGAAAGAGAUCACUAUACAGAAUCAUGAGGGGAAGAAGGUUAAGCAGGCCAUUAAAUAUGAGUGGUUACCAAAGUUUUGUGGGAGAUGCCAAAAUUUUGGGCAUAACUGUGCCACGGCUCGUACCAUACUCCAAUGGAAACCAAAACCACAACAAGCUUCUGAGGAGCCAACAAAGGGCAAGACAGCUGUUGAACCUAGCACAGAGCUUGUAAUAGAGAGCAAGGAAGAUGCACCUGAGGGAGUGGUCAGUAAGCUUGAUGAGCAGGAAACUUGGUCCUCCCCAAAAACAGGCAGCAAAGGUCAUGGAACUGGCAGAACUAACGGUAAAAACCCUGUAGUUGUUGAAUGUAGCAAUGGUUUUCAUGCUCUAGGGGAUUGGAAUGAACCCAUAGGGCUGGAAGAACUUGAGCCAUGUUAG